CAUGUCGUGACACGGCGACCACGAUCGCAAACGCGUCGGCCGACGGUCGCCAGUCGCAAGUCGUCUGCUCGCUGCUCGCAUUACUCGCCGACAGCUGCAGCCGCGUCAGCAGGUGUUCUCGUUGUUGUCGUUGUAGCCCUCGCGAUCGGCACUCGUCGAGGUCAAUGUUCACCGCUGCACGGUCGUCCGGCGGAUGGCGGUUGUCCGUCGUUGGCCAUCACAUCUCCGAUCGCUGCCGUCCGCAGUCGGUCGUCGGUAGACUCUGCAGCACCAAGCCCCGAGCCCGUUCCAGGAUGUCGUUGCCCCGUCUGCCCGCCGUCGGCAGCGUCUCGCCCAGGGUGCUGCGGGUGUUGGGAUGCAAUCCCAGUUUCAUGACGCUACAGGGUACGAAUACAUAUGUGGUUGGCACGGGUCAGCGACGUAUUUUAAUUGAUGCUGGAGAGCCAAAUGUUCCAGAAUAUAUAAAAAAUCUUGAGGAAACGAUGAUAAAGUAUAAUUUUCAACUUGAUCAUAUUAUAAUAUCACAUUGGCACUCGGAUCAUAUUGGCGGGGUAAAAAAUGUGUUGGAUAUGAUCGCUAAUAAAAAUGCUGAUCAUAUAGUUAUAUUUUUGGAAGAAGAUAAUGCAUUGUUCUCUGCUGAUUGUGUACUUGGAGAGGGAACUACUGUAUUUGAAGAUCUAACAGAAUAUUUAAAAUCGUUACAAUUGAUUUUAGACUUAAAUCCUACUGUUAUAUUUCCUGGUCACGGCUCUGUAAUAAAAGUAAUUAAAAUAUACUAUGUUAUUUUGAUAAAAAAUUGAUAAGGUAAUUAUUAU